AUGGAAGAGCAGCAGCUGAAGCAAAGGAAUUCUCGCAGUGGUGAGCGGCAGGUGAAAUGGGAUGACAUGGAAGGAAUUGAUCCCCACAGAUUCUCCUCCAAGGAACCUGAUGAUCCAAUAAUUAUGGUGUUCAACAAGUUUAGAGUAGAAAAAGUACUGUUUCUUGGGAAUACAGAAAAAGGCUUGACAGUAAUGCGAAACUUAGCCAUCAUUAUUGUUGUCUGUGUUGACCAACCUCUAAAAUCCCCCCUGCAUUUCUUUCUCAGCCACCUCUUUGUCCUGAAGGACUUAUCAAACCACAUAAUUGUCCCUGCAAGGAUGUGGAGAUUUCUGCUCCCUUGGACACAGACAAUACCAUUGGCUGGAUGCCUAGCUCUUCUGGGACCCUUGCUGACCACAGAGUUUGCUCUACCAAAAGUGAUGGUCAUGGACUGUUGUGUGGCUGUCUGUAACCCCUUGAAUUACAACAUCAUUAUAAACAUCCACACACACAUUUGGGUAUUCAUUGCAUCAUGGUCAUUUGGGGUUUUCUGUGAAAUCUGAUAGGUCUAAGCCACAUUUCAGUUUAACUUCUACAAAUCAAAUCUGUUAGAAUACUUUUACUGUGAUUGAGGGCAACUAUUCAAACUUUCCUCUGAUGACACUCUUUUUAGAGAACUAAUUUUUUUUCAAAUGACUGUUCUAAUUAUCAUUGGUUCUUUGAUCCCAACAAUCAUCUCCCACACCUGCAACAUCUCCAUCAUCCUUGAGAUCUACUCAGCUUCUGGCCAGAAGAAUGCCUUUCCCACCUGUGCUUCCCACUUGGCAUUUGUGAUUGGCUAUGGCAGCUGCUUGCGCCUCCACAUGAAACUCAAGCAAACACAGGUAACCGAGUAUAACAGGAUGCAGAGCAGCAGGAUAGCAUCGCUGCUGGUUUCUGUUGUGACCCUUCUCCUGAAUCCUUUCAUCUUUAUUCUCAGGAAUGAUGAUUAAGAGGCCCUUCAAGAUUCAGUGAAAUGCUACUGUCAACUCAUCAGAGAUCAGUUCUUCUACAGCAGGGUUAGUGCCGUGGCUCUCAUUGUGGAUUAUUCAUGA